AAUUAGAUCGUAGCCGCGCAAUGGGCAACCAAGCUUCCUCAGCGUCGCCUGACGGCGCUUUCAACGCCACGACAACCGCCGACCAAGUCGCUGACGCUUUCGCACCUCGCUGCAAGGACAAGGUCGUGCUCAUCACGGGCGCCAACACGGGCCUCGGCCUCGAGACAGCGCGUGUCCUCGCGGCCAAGGGGGCCACCGUCGUCAUCGCCUGUCGCUCCGCCUCGAAGGGUGACGCAGCUGUGGCUUCGAUUCUCAAAGCGCAGCAUGACGCCAAGGUGUCGUUCUUGGAGCUCGACUUGGCGUCAUUGGCGUCCAUCAAGGCGUUUGUGACUGCGUUCAGCGCCAAGUUUGAGCGGCUGGACGUCCUCAUCAACAACGCCGGUGUCAUGGCCUGUCCCAAGGCCACGACAACCGACGGGCUCGAGAUGCAGUUUGGUGUCAACCACAUUGGUCAUUUCUACUUGACCAAGCUGCUUUUGCCAGCGCUCCAGUGGACGGGCACGGCCGACGCACCCGCGCGCGUCGUGAACCUCUCGUCCAUGGGCCAGAACCUCUACGCGCCAGAUGAAGGUAUUUUCCUAAACGACCUCAGCGGCGACAAAUCGUACUACGAGUGGGAGCGCUACGGUAUGGCCAAGCUCGCCAACGUCCUCUUCUCGACCGAACUCAACAAGCGGUACGCAAGCCAGCACGUCAUUUCUGUUGCGCUGCAUCCCGGCGUCAUUGUCGCGACCGAGCUCACCCGCCACCUGGGCAUUGCCAGCACCGUGCGCAGUCUCUCAGGCUUGCGCUCGGGCAUGUUGAUGCGCGCGUUCCGAGAGCCGAUGAAGUCGAUUGCGCAGGGCGCGGCGACGACGAUCGUGGCUGCCUUGGACCCGGCCGUGCAGCCUGGUGGCUACUACGCCGACUGCCAGCUCAGCACCGACCUGCACCCGAAAGCAACCGACGUCGAUCUCGCUCGUCAGCUGUGGGAAGUCUCGGAGAGCCUUGUCAAAGACAUUGAAGCCAAGCUCUUGUAGUCCAUGCUACUUGUACAACCACAACACGCCCAUACGGCUCACCACGCAAACAAUACUUUUUUCCAUAGCUAAAAAUGUUUAUAAAAAAUAGUCGACACCAAUAUAAUAGUGUCUGCGGUGGUGG